UGGAGAUAACACUUAUGGGAUGUAAUUGGGUCCAAAGGAGCAACAAGAUCGCAUCUUCGUAGACGUCACGUUGAGCACCUGUGCUACUCUGGACUCAACAUGGAGCUGAAUGAACAAGACAGCGCGUUCGCCGCCGAUUCCCAAGUCGAUCAGGAGCUCAGCUGGAGGACGAGAGGCAGGAGACAUGAUCCACACAGGAGAUCGUCAAAGUCAGGCCAGAGUUCACCCGACGCGGACUCCCUCGCGGAAGAGGCACCCCUUCUAGGAGAGGAAGCCGGUCGCAGCGGUGGUGCAGAGGACAAUAAGAGUGACGCAGAAGUUGAAUGGUUUGGAACUGCAGAGUUACAGAGCUUGCCAUGGUGGAGGAGGCCUUCCAUUUUCUGGCUGAUUCCGCCGUACUUGCUCUACACCACCGCUUUUGGUGGCAUAAUCGUCCCGAAGUUGAACCUGAUCAUGAACCUCAUAUGCAACGAUUACUAUGCCUCCAACUCGCCCAGCAAUCCGGACCCCAUAUCCGGCCCGGUGGAUCCUGGAAACGAAUUCGACCGGUGUCAGAAUAGUGCCGUCUCUGCUCGCGCGUCCAUGUUCAUUCUCUACGCCUCCUUGAUCUCCGGCGUGCUCGCGGCCAUCACAUCGCCCAAAUUAGGAGCACUCUCUGACCGAUAUGGACGGAAGCCGAUAUUGGUGGUCACGACGUUUGGUGUGCUCAUGGGAGAGGUUUUGACUAUUCUAGCCGCAAAGUUUCCGGAGACGACCGAUGUCAAUUGGAUCUUGGCAGGCUAUGGCAUUGACGGCCUGUGUGGAUCCUUCAUUGUAGGCAUGGCGGUUUCCCACUCGUACGCCACCGACUGUACGCCGCCUCAGAGGCGUAAUGUCGCCUUUGGGUACUUUCACGCCUGCCUGUUCAGCGGUAUUGCUCUUGGGCCGGUCCUUGCGGGAUACCUGAUCAAAUACCGUGAGCCGGUCGUGGGGAAGAUGGAAGCUGUACUCCUUGUCUUCUACAUCGCUCUGGCUUGCCACGUCUUGUUCAUCCUCCUCCUCAUCUUCGUCAUCCCCGAAUCCGUCACCAAGACGCGCCAACUCGAAGCGCGUCGGAAGUACGCUCAAGAAAAGGCACGCAGGGGCCCCAACUCCGACUGGAUCAACCAACUUCGCAGCUUCAACCUCAUCGCCCCUCUCAAGAUCCUCUGGCCGACCGGCCCAGGCACCAGCCCUGCCCUGCGCCGCAACCUCAUCCUCCUCGCCGCCACCGACACCAUCGUGUUCGGCGUCAGCAUGGGCGCCAUGGGCGUCAUCACCAUCUACGUGCGUCUCCAAUUCGGCUGGCAGGAAUGGGAGACGUCAAAAUAUGUCAGCAUCGUGAAUUCCUGCCGCGUCUUCAGCCUGGUCGUCGGCCUGCCUCUCCUCACGAGACUGGUUCGGGGGAGAAAUGGGACGAAGAACCAACGGAACAGUGGAUCGGACACUUUCGACCUUAGCCUUAUCCGCCUCGCUAUCCUCUUCGACAUGCUGGGUUUCCUGGGCUACAGUCUCGCUCGCCGUGGCGACUUGUUCAUCGCGUCUGGCGCCAUCGCUGCCGUCGGCGGUAUCGGGUCGCCCACCCUGGGAUCGAGCCUGACAAAGCACGUGCCGCCUGAUCGGGUGGGCCAGGUGCUGGGCGCGACGGGCCUGCUGCACGCCAUUGCAAGGGUGGUGGGGCCGACGGUGUUCAAUGGGAUUUAUAGCGCGACGGUGGGGUCGUUUCGGCAGGCGACGUUUGUGUGUUUGACGGGGACGUUUGGGGUGGCGUUUUUGUGUGGGUGGUUGGUGAGACCGCAUGUGUAUCUGGAGGAUUUGGCGCCGGAUGGGAGUCCCUCGAGGAGCGAGUCUGAUGGUGGUGGAGGAGAAGAGGGGGAAUUUGGUGUUGCGGCGGCGGCGUGAUUUGCUAUGGACUACUGGGGUGGGAUAUACAUGGU